AUGACAGACUCUGUUAAUGUCGACGUCGACUCCAUUAUUGAGCGUUUGCUCGAAGUGAGAGGUAGUCGUCCUGGGAAACAAGUUCAGCUUGGCGAGCAUGAAAUCCGAUAUCUUUGUACAACCGCCCGCGAAAUUUUCAUGAAUCAGCCCAUUCUGUUGGAUUUGGAAGCACCCAUCAAGAUUUGUGGUGACAUCCAUGGCCAAUACUAUGAUUUGCUGAGAUUGUUCGAAUAUGGCGGUUUCCCUCCCGAAGCCAAUUAUCUUUUCAUGGGAGAUUAUGUCGAUAGAGGAAAGCAAUCUUUGGAAACAAUUUGUUUACUACUCGCAUACAAAAUCAAAUACCCGGAAAACUUUUUUAUCCUUCGCGGUAACCAUGAAUGUGCGAGCAUUAACCGUAUCUACGGUUUUUACGAUGAAUGUAAACGACGAUAUAAUAUCAAGCUGUGGAAGACCUUUACAGACUGUUUCAACUGUCUGCCCAUUGCCGCCUUGAUUGACGAAAAGAUUUUCUGUAUGCACGGUGGUCUUUCUCCCGAUUUACAAAGCAUGGAACAAAUUCGCCGAGUGAUGCGACCCACCGAUGUUCCAGACACUGGAUUGUUGUGCGAUCUGUUAUGGUCAGAUCCAGACAAGGAUAUUAAUGGAUGGAGCGAGAAUGACCGUGGUGUGUCGUUCACUUUUGGUGCCGAUAUUGUUACACGGUUUUUGCAAAAGCACGACAUGGAUCUUAUUUGCCGUGCUCAUCAAGUGGUCGAAGAUGGCUAUGAAUUCUUUGCUAAACGUCAAUUGGUGACUCUGUUUUCAGCACCUAAUUACUGUGGUGAAUUUGAUAAUGCAGGUGCCAUGAUGAGUGUCGACGAGACUCUUAUGUGCUCGUUCCAGAUUCUGAAACCGGCAGAGAAGAAAUCGAAAUACGGGUAUGCUGAGAAUGGAUCAAGAAAGAUGAAAAAUCGAACAGCAAAAUCUAUGUGA